AUGAUUAUUUGCACAACUGCUCCGGAGUAAAACACAUAACUGCUCAACAUUUAACUGGCUAGACGUGAUAAGUUUGGUGGUUAGAGGUGCUCAGUCGAAGUGAUAAUCGUUUCUCGAUAAUGUCUGGUACUGGACGAUGGACCACGCCGUUCUUGAAACAGUGCUUUGCGGUAUCGAGUGUGGCUCUCAACGUAAUGUCAUACGGUAUGGUUUUCGGAUUUAACGCAUCACUGUUCUCAGACUUGAGGAAGAGUCGAGAGAUACCCUUGGACAGGGAUUCAGAGUCAUGGUUGGCAUCACUGAUCGGAAUAACUACACUAAUAGGAUGUUUCUCCACCUCAAUAAUCAUAGACACAAUUGGCAGAAGACCUGCACUUCUCAUCAGCUCAACCCUCAUGGUCAGCGGUUGGAUAGGAUUCAGUUUGGCCUCAUCAUUUCCUGCCUUACUAUUAGCAAAGAUAUUUCAAGGAAUGUCUAUCGGUCUUGGGACCACAAUGGGCGGUAUUUUAAUUGCAGAAUACAGCAGUCCCAAAUACCGUGGAUCUCUUAUAGCAACAAUACCUGCUGCGUUGUUAGUUGGUGUUUUAUCUUCACAUUCACUUGGUUUGUUUUACAACUGGUUUCAAAUUGCGAUAAUCCUUUUGUUUUGUUCUUUACCCGGAUUGAUAAUUGCUGUAUUUACACCGGAAUCACCGACUUUUCUGGCAACUAAAGGACGUUACGAUGAAUGCAGAAAGGUUUUUCGCUGGCUGAGGGGUUCAGAGGAUGAUGACGAACUGGAGAAAAUGAUCGAAGCCGAUAUGAUCGUUAAAGAAGCCAAGAAAAGUUGUAAAAAUAACUUAUCAAAACUAAUUAAGCAAAAUUUAACGUACUUUGUCACGUCAUUCAAAAAGCGUGAAUUUUACAUUCCAAUCUUUAUAGUGGUACAUUUAAAUGUUAUUAAUCAAUUCUCUGGUGGUAUUAUCCAUGAUUCGUACCCUAUGGACAUUCACACAGCAUUAUAUGGUACGGAUAUUUACAUGUUUAGAGUAAUUGCAUCGUUGGAUUUGCAAAAAAUAUUCGCUACUUUUUUAACAAUUUAUUUAACGUCUAGAAUAAGAAGGCGUCCACUCUACCUCACAAUUGUAGGACUGAAUAUACUAUCGUUGCUGUGUGAGGCCGGAUACAUAUACGCUAGGCGUUACAAUCUUCUACCUUUUGACCAUAUAUCUAUUGUGAUCUUUUUGCAACAUUUCCAUAUGUUCACCAGCGGAGCUGGCGGUACUUCUUUAACCGCAAUAAUUAGUAAUGAAUUAUAUCCAAUGCAAAAUAGGGGUUUGUGUGGGAUGAUUUGUGGUGCAUUUUUUUCGAUUUACAUGUUUUUAAACAUCAAGUCCGCGACGUAUCUAUUCUCUCUGAUUGGUGUAGAUGGAACGUUUUGUGCCUAUGCAGCGCUGCUGUUUUAUAGCCUGGUCGUGUUUUAUUAUAUGGUACCGGAAACUAAAGAUAAGACUCUUCAAGAAAUAGAAGAUAAACUCAGAGGAUAUUCUAUAGCUCGUCGUGAUGAAACUUUGAAAUUAAAAGACGCUGAACUAUGAGAAAGUCAAGCGAAAUUUAUUCGACCCACCUUUUUUUUUAAAUCGAUUACGUAAAAAUCAUAUACUGUAAUUUUUUACUUUCAUCAAACAUGAGCUACAGUUAAAACAAGUAUUUCUCAAAUUUGCAAUGAUUCGGCUAUGCAAUGUUUAUUAAUAAGUAAAAUUUAAAUUUGUAAAUAGAUAUCGUUGUGUAUUUCGGAAAUCAUUAAUUUACGUUCAAAAGACACGUGAACAAAAUUACUGGCAGGUGUAGGUGUGGAAUGCCCUUUUUUUUUUCAUUCCACCAUGAGUUGAAAAUUGAUCGAAAAUUGGCAACCCAUCCAAACACUAAAUUCCUCGCUAUCACACGCUCGCGAACACAAAUAUCAACAUUAACCUCGUCUUAAUAGUUUGAUGAUUUUGCGAAAAGUCUCUUCCUUUUUUUCUGUUUCUGAACUAUUAUUGUAUCAUUCAUCAAUUACUAUUACUGUUCAAUAGCACAUUAAAAUUAAUAACGAGAAAAAAGAAAAUGUAAAGUAAAUGUAAGUACCGUUUGGCUGCCACAUCUCAUUAUUGUGUAAUAAAUGAUUUCAUAUUAAAACUUAUGCAUUUUGAUUAAUCUCAUUUACGGGAGAGGAGCUUGAGCGUGCUGAAUGCGGGAUUGCUUAACAUUUUUCAUUCUUUUAGCUUUCUACAAGAGUCGUCUUUUUUUCCCUACCUAUGCUGAUAGCCUUGAGGGGCUAUUUCAGCUUCUUAACGUGUAGGUGAGCUCAUGGAGCUCAAACUGGGAGUUGCUAACACUGGCCCUAGUAAAAGCAGUGCUUCGCAGAAUCUACCACUGGAUUGGAAACGCGACCCACUGAGAAGAUCCGGCGAGAAACUCAGUGGGCUGUCUCUGGGUUAAUUUACUCGUCGAGCCCUUCGACGCAAGCGAUGGGUUUGGCGAGGACGGUGACCGGUGCUUGAAGUACCUAAAAGCACCAUUAAUAGAUCGGGAGGAUCCGUAAUGACGUGUUUAGGGCGACGUCGGCUGAGAGUUGUCUAAUUUUAGUCGGACGUUAUAAGAGGCACAUAAAUUUUUUGUAUAGAGACAAUAUCUCAGCGCAUCAGCCUUGUUGGGCUGUCGACAACGUCGGAUAAUCUUAGAUACCUCGGGAGUUAAGGUCACUCCUGUGCAAGUUGCAUAUGAGCACAGAGAUCGUUAUCACUAACCAGAAUAAGCGUUCAGUAUAUGAUUAUGUUUUUUUUUUUAUACCUAGUAUUGCUGUUUCCAAGAAAAAAGCGUGCGAUUUCGAUUAUUAUUUCUUUAUAUACGAAUAUGACUAGCGAUUUCAUCAACUAGCAUUCUUAUCUGUUGCAUUAGUCGGAAUACUACGUUAUGAACAUUUGUUAAAUACGUAUUUCAUUAGAAAAAUUGGUACCCCCGCCUGGGAUUCGAACACCGGUGCGUCGCUCAACACGAAUGCACCGGACGUCUUAUCCUUUAAGCCUUGUUCGGACUAGGCGAGUAUUUUAGUCGAGUACCGAGUAAUUUAGUAGCUAAAUGUGUCUGAGCACCAAAAGUGUUGUGGAGUAAGUUAGUAAAUAAUUUAGUCAAGUCAAUCCAUUUUGUUCUAUUUUUUUGGGCGAGUAGUUUAGCCACUAAAUUUACUCGGUACUCGACUAAAAUACUCGCCUAGUCCGAACAAGGCUUUAGUCAACCGACGCGGCGACGACUUCGUUUGAGCUAUGAACUACGAAUAAAUAGACUUAUUAUUUAUUCGUAGGCUAUGAAACUAUAAUAUUGUUUCGUUUUACUCGUCAAACUGCAACUUGACUGGCAUUUAGAAAGAGGGGCUUGCGUUUGAUGUUGUAAAAACAAUUGUACUCUAUUCCAUCGUAACGAACGAAUAUAAUGUUGUAUUUUUCCUACCAUUUUCCUGUACGUUUUCUGCGCUCCUGUGAUUUAUCAAUGUUAAAUGUCAUUUUAUAUGAUUAGCUACGCGCUGAUGGAUAGGUGAGCACACGGGCUCGAGCUGCGUGAAGAUAUUUGCUAACACUAGCCCCAGCAAGAGCAUCUGCCACCCCAGCUACUUCGCUGAAUCUACCACUGGACACACUUAACUAAUAUCACUUGCAAGGACUAAAGGACAAUGCCCAUUUUCUUAGGGUGUUUGGGCCCCUAAAAAAGUUGUCGGGUCAUGAUGGUUUUAAGUUAAUUUGAUAGACAAAGAAAUAUCGUUUCAUAUUAAUAAAACGAUUUUUAUAUUCUCACCCAGGUUUAAGAGAAAUCUGUUUUUUUCUGCAGCUAAAAUUAAGUUGUUAAUUGUUUUCUUCGAAAUCAAUAAUCGCUCUCAUCAUUAUUUACAGUAUUAAAUAAUUUAAUUGUGGUUAAUGUUGCUAGAAAUAAGCCCUUACGUACAUUUUAUUAUUAUUAUAUCCUCAUAAUAAUAAUAAAAUGAAAUGAAAAUCCGGAAGCCGGCAACGACAUUGUUGUUGUUGUUUUUAAAUUCGCCAAUAAGCAGGCAAAGAGCGUAGCCUAUACAGGCUAGUCUUUCGUAGUUAUAUAUAUAUUUUUUUUUUUCAAUAAAAAGCUGGUGUAUCUCUUGUUAUUGCUUUUUGGGAGUUUUGACGUCAACUCGAUGAAUAGCACAUUGAGUGAGCGUGAAUUUCCGCAAACCUAUUGAAUCUUGAAAAAAAAAAAACAGUCACUGCUAUGUUAGCCACAGUUUUAUUCCAAUGUCUCAAUCGUUGUUCACGAUUAUUGACGUUUAAUACACAAAACAAUACCCAAUUUAUAUAUUAUACAUCACAAUAAACUAUUAAAAAAAAUAUUAAAAUAAAACUUCAAGUGACGCUUCACUCGAGUUGCUGCCAAAACUCUCUGAUCAUAUAUAUUAAGAAUAGAGUAAUGGUAGGCCAUUGAGAUUUUUACUAAUGGGAUCAAUAAUACCUAAAAAUAUGAAAUAAAUCAUGGUUUUAAGUAAUAAUUAUAUAUAUAAUAUAAAUAUAUAUAAAUAUUGUAUUGAACAAAAAUAAACUAAAAAGUCUGUGAAUUAUAACCAUUAGCUAUUUUUUUUUAAUUUGUUGUUCAAGUCACAGACAACUCUUUCGUUUGGCAGCUUAAAGGUUUACUAUAAGGCUUUAUGGGCUAAGCCCUUUGCCUAUUGGCGAAUUUAAAAACUAUGGCACUCAGUUUUGGGAUGUUAUCAAAUAAGUAAUUUAUUUUUUUGUAAAACAAUACCAGGUUGAAAGAAAUGUUGAUACAUAAACUAAACAACGUGAAAAAAUAAGGCAUAGUUUUUCAAAUACAAAUAGUUUUGACAUGAAGUUGGCCCACUUUUGGGCAUUGUCCUUUACUUAAUACUAGCUGGUCCGGCAAACGUUGUUUUGCCAUAUAAAUUAUUUCUAGGAAAUAUAAAUAACCUAGAUACCGACUGCAGCGCCAUCUGCCGGGAUGAUUUGUAAAUCUAAACCAUUCUCGAAUCCUCCUGAAGGUACACAAAAAAUUUCAUUUAAAUCAGUCGAGCCGCUUAGGAGAAGUUCAGUUACAAUAACACGCACAGACGAAAUAACUAUAUAUAACCUGAUUCUCGGAAACGGCUCCAACGAUUUUCAUAAAAUUUAGUAAACAGGGGAUUUUGGGGGCGAUAAAUCGAUCUAGCUACGGUUUAUUUUCAGAAAAUGUUGUUUUAUUCGUGUUUUCAAUAAUCAACUCUUCCCGACAUCUAUUGGCGAAUAAUAAUACUAUUUUUCUUAAUUGAGGGCAACUAACCGCUUUAAAGAAACAACAAGACGGCGCUAUCAAAAAAAAGCCUCAUCAUCUAGUUUAAAGUUGAAGUGUGAAUUAAACUCACUUUAUUAAAUAUUAAUAAACGUUAAUCUAAUACUUUAUGUAACAAUCCACUAACAUUGUGUAUUGCAAUAAAGUUGUUUAAUUUGGAAUCGCGACACAUCUAGUAUUCUGUUCAAAGUAAGACUUGUGUAAUGUGUGUGUAUGCAAUAUGCAUAUAUUUGUUUACAGAUGAUUAUUUGCACAACUGCUCCAGAUCAAAAUAGAACUGCUAAACAU